CAAGGUAAAAGUACAAAACAGAAUCUUCUCUGCACUUAUCCACCAUAUAUCAUAAUGGACGAACGUUGAUUUAUUUUUUGUUAGUAUCAGAGUAUCAGUGCAAUCGUUAUAAAAGAGGGGUUAGGUGUAACGAGGAGUAUUGAGUCAGUUGUCAGUUUAGUUGUGUUUGAAAUGCGGAACUAAAUGAACGCGUGAUCUCAAUGUUUUGUAUACAGAGUAAAACUUUCAUCGUCUGUUUGUUUUUAGGUUAAAUAAUAUUUUAUUUCGCGAACUGAUUGUUGAUUAGUUUGGUGAAACAUGGAGAUUGUAACAACGAAUAGUGUGCUAGUAAUCGUCUUAUCAGUAUUAUUUUCAUGUCAUUAUAUUCUGUGUGAUUUAAACAUAUCAGUACACGACGUUCGACUUAAGUUACACGAAAAUUGUGUUGUAAACAUCUCUUAUGACAAAGAAGAUUACAACAAAAAUGUAAUAAUAGAAAACCAGCAUAAUGAUAUUAUACAAGUCAUAAGAGAAUUUAAUAUAACAGAAGACUCUCCGAAUCCCUUUCCGGUUUUAAUAAAAGCCGUAGGUGCUGGACAUUCUGAAAUGUACGCUACUGUUGAUAACAAAACUCUCGAUGACGUUUUCGUACGAGUAACUGUAUAUAAAAUUAAUGGUUUAGACACUUUUUCUGCUGUUAUUGGAUGGAUAUAUUUCGUAGCGUGGUCUGUGUCAUUUUAUCCUCAGAUAUAUAUCAAUUGGAAACGAAAAAGUGUGGUCGGUUUGAAUUUUGAUUUUAUAGCUUUAAACGUUGUAGGAUUUACUUUGUACUCGCUGUUCAAUUUAGGACUAUUUUAUAUACCGGAAAUUCAGGAUGAAUAUUUCACAAGACACCCUAGAGGUAUGAACCCAGUUAAAGUAAAUGACAUAUUUUUUGCUGUACAUGCAACACUAGCAACAAUCAUAACAAUCAUACAAUGUUAUGUUUAUGAAAGAGAAGAACAACGAGUAUCUACAACUGCUAGAAGCAUUUUAGGUAUAUUUGGAUUGUUCAUAUUCAUCAGUAUCAUUUUAUCAGUUUGCAAAGUUAUCCAUUGGUUGGAUUUACUCUAUUACUGUUCGUAUGUCAAACUGACUAUCACUCUGAUAAAAUACGUACCACAAGCUUAUAUGAAUUACAAAAGGAAAAGUACAAUAGGAUGGAGUAUAGGUAAUAUUUUCUUAGAUUUUACUGGAGGUAUGCUAAGUAUGUUGCAGAUGAUAGUAGACGCUUAUAAUUAUGAUGAUUGGGUAUCGAUAUUUGGUGACCCAACUAAAUUCGGCCUUGGAUUGUUCAGCGUUGUUUUUGAUAUAUUCUUUAUUGUUCAACAUUAUUUUCUCUAUAAAACAUCAAAUUAUGACGUCAGUCAGUAGUUUUUUAAGAGAUAAAUAUUGAGAUUAAUUGAGCCCACCCUUAUGUACAUAUUAAGAACAAACAUGUAUUUAUUAUAUAUUUUUAUGAUUCACAUUUACACAUUUGAUAUAGUUCAAAAUGGCAAUCUAUUAGAAAUCAAUUUUGAAAGUUUGUUCUAACACUUGUUGUCUAGAUCUGUAAAUAUGUUAAUACAAUAUUUGCAUAUCCAAAAGAAAGUAUGUUGGAAUUGUUUGUUUUAGAACAUUUUUUGAAAAUUGCUGAUUCAGUGAACCAAGUCGAGACUUGCUGUUAUUUUUUUGACAAAUAUAAUAAUUUUUAUAG